GAUCAGCCUGUCUGCCUUUCGAUUAAACUCAGUCUACGUAGCUCCGCUUGCGUAACGAAGAUUCAUUUGUAGAACGUUUCGUUUCAUCGGAGGAUAGAAAUUUAUCCAUUUAUAUAGUCAGAAGGAAUUAAGAAAAAUUAAUAGACCUGUUUAAAAAUGAGUGACGACGAGAUGGAAAUUCGAGUUGGAUAUCACAACAUGCCGGUGGAGAUGCAAAAUGAGGUCAUUUGUCGAGCUGUGAUUGAGUUGGAAGAGAGUAAACCGCUCAGUCAGUUUCCAACAAAGCUUAAAAAUUGGUUGGACUAUAAAUACGGGCCCACAUGGCACUGUGUUAUGGGAACGAACUAUUGCAGCCACGUGAGUUUCAUCCAAGGGAAUUUCAUUCAAUUCGCCCUUGAUGGACACGAGGUUAUCGUUUUCAAGACAUCCUGAUCCAUUGACUGUAUCUUAGGAGCAAUGCUGAGACUGUAAAUAUGAGCUGAAUUCAAAUAGAUUGUUAUCUGCA